AUGGCUCUAGACAGCUUCUUCCACAACAAGAUUGAAAGCCUCAAACUUGAGAUCAUUCAAGGUCAAGCAGUUCUUCGAAGACUAGAAGCUCAACGAAAUGACUACAACUCAAGAGUACGGCUAUUACGGGAGGAGCUGGGACUGCUGCAGCAGCCGGGUUCUUAUGUCGGCGAGGUCGUCAAGGUGAUGGGCACCAAGAAGGUGCUUGUCAAAGUACAUCCGGAAGGCAAAUACGUGGUCGAUAUCGCCGACAGCGUCGACGUCACGAAGCUCACAGUCGGUAAACGGGUCUCGUUGCUGUCGGAUUCGUAUAAGCUGGAAAAGAUGCUACCUUCUUCUGUGGAUCCACUAGUGUCCUUGAUGAUGGUCGAAAAAGUCCCCGACAGCACAUAUGAUAUGAUCGGUGGUCUUGAUCAGCAGAUAAAGGAGAUCAAAGAAGUGAUUGAGCUUGGUCUACAACAUCCAGAAUUAUUCGAAAGCUUAGGCAUCGCGCAACCUAAAGGCGUGCUGUUAUACGGCCCUCCUGGCACAGGCAAGACCUUACUUGCCAGAGCAGUGGCGCAUCAUGCCGAUUGCAAGUUCAUCCGUGUAUCAGGAUCGGAGUUGGUGCAGAAAUACAUUGGUGAGGGAAGCCGAAUGGUCCGAGAACUCUUCGUCAUGGCUCGAGAGCAUGCGCCCAGUAUUAUUUUCAUGGACGAGAUCGACAGCAUUGGUUCUAGUAGGGUGGAGGGCAGCAGUGGCGGUGAUUCCGAAGUACAAAGAACGAUGUUGGAACUGCUCAAUCAGCUGGAUGGUUUCGAGCCCACAAAGAACAUCAAGGUCAUUAUGGCUACCAACCGACUGGAUAUUCUUGAUCCGGCGCUGCUGAGACCUGGUCGGAUAGACAGAAAGAUUGAAUUUCCGCCACCGACUGUCGAAGCUCGAGCUGAUAUUCUCCGAAUCCAUUCGCGCUCCAUGAACCUAACCCGCGGAAUCAAUCUGACCAAGAUUGCCGAGAAGAUGAAUGGCUGCUCUGGUGCAGAGCUCAAAGGUGUUUGCACGGAAGCUGGCAUGUAUGCUCUGAGAGAAAGGCGGGUGCAUGUUACCCAAGAGGAUUUUGAUCUGGCCACAGCCAAGGUCCUCAACAAACAUGACGAUAAGGAGGUCAGCUUAGGCAAGUUAUGGAAGUAA